UUCCGGUGUGUGUACCGGAAGCGGCGGGCGGUGUGAAGAUGGCGGAGGUGUUCAGUGAUUUUGAUCGUGAUGAUUUUAUGCGCGAGCGGCACGUGCGAUUCUUCCUGCGCUGCCUGCACGUGCUGCCCGAGAGAUACGCGCCGUACGAGACCAGCAGGUUGACUAUUGUAUUUUUUGCUCUGUCGGGGCUGGAUGUUCUUGAUGCUUUGGAUGUUGUAGACAAACCCAGUUUAAUCGAGUGGAUUUAUUCACUGCAAGUUCUGCCCACAGAUGAUAAGUCGAAUCUCUCACGCUGUGGCUUCCGCGGUUCAUCACACAUUGGAGUUCCAUAUAACACUUCUAAGGGUCCAGGUGUUCUUCAUUCAUAUGACAGCGGUCACGUGGCGAUGACGUACACUGGACUUGCUUGUCUCAUUAUCCUGGGUGACGAUCUGAGUCGUGUCAAUAAAGACGCUUGUCUGAUUGGUUUAAAGGCGCUACAGCUGGAGGACGGCAGUUUUUAUGCUGUUCCAGAAGGCAGUGAGAAUGACAUGAGGUUUGUGUACUGUGCUGCCUGUAUCUGUUAUAUGCUGGACGACUGGUCUGGAAUGGACCGCCAGAAAGCCAUCGACUACAUCAGAAGAAGUACUUCGUAUGACAGUGGAAUCGGUCAAGGAGCCGGACUGGAGUCACAUGGUGGUUCCACGUUUUGUGCUGUUGCGUCUCUGUGCAUGAUGGGAAAGUUGCAGGAUGUUUUGAGCGAGCGAGAGCUGAAGCGUAUCCGCCGCUGGUGUAUCUUCAGACAGCAGAGUGGUUUCCAUGGCCGACCAAACAAACCCGUCGACACGUGUUACUCGUUUUGGGUCGGUGCCACGCUGGAGCUGUUAGAUGUAUUCCAGUACUCAAACUUUGAAAAGAACCGGAAUUACAUUCUGUCCACACAGGACCGUUUGGUGGGCGGUUUCGGCAAGUGGCCCGACAGUCACCCGGACCCUCUUCACACGUACUUCGGCAUCUGCGGCUUGUCUCUGAUUGGAGAACCCGACUUGCGUAAGAUGCAUCCCGCCCUGAACAUCAGCGACCGCGCCUUUGACUUCCUGCAGCAGCUGCACGCGGUGUGGAGAGACGACAGCACAUGAUGACGGAUCUGCACCGAUCCGUCUGUCUGACCUCUGAUACCUCAGCGAUAGAGCCCAACGUGAGCGUUCAGUUUCAGAUGUGGAGCUGAUGAAUAAAUGAUCGGUUCAGCGUAAUCAAUUAUUCAGUCACUCUUCAUUUGUCAGACACAAGAUCGUUUCAUCUCCAGCAUGUUUUUACCACCGUCAGUGUUUCUCUUCAAGAGUUUUUCAGUGGUCUUGGUUUUUGCCUUAUAAACAGACUCAGUGAUGAAACUCAUUUGAACUGGAAGUUUGAUCAAUAUGCACUGUAUAUCUCUCUUUUAUGCUUUAUAUAUUUUCACCAGUUAAAAUGUCAUCUUAUUGUUUCUUAUAUUUCUCUGUAAUGUGCCUCUGAUAACUUUUGUUUUUUACGUCAGUGUUCCUGCGGAUUUUCAUCUCUUAAGAAGACACUGGAAUGUUUGCUUCAAAGAUCAAAUAAUGAAAUUAUUUUUUCUAUAUGAAGUGUAGAGAUGAGAAGGAUGCCGCUCAUAUUUUAUUUUGUAAAGUGCUAUCACUGUAUAUUGCAGAUGCGAGUGUCAUUAUAUUAAAUGCUUUUAUCAUGUCCAUGAAAUACACAUUUAUGACGGUGCUGCUGAGACGGCACAUAUUUAAUAGCAAUGAAAUAAAAUGAUGAUUUUGAACAGUCA